UUCUCCUUCAUCAAUGCCCUCGCCAUCCAGACCCUCUCCUCCUGGUCCUCCGGCCGCCGCAUCCUCGUCCUCAACGAGGCCUCCUCGUUCACGCUGAAGGUGAUCGCCAACAUGCUGGUGAGCCUGGAGCCGGAGGGGGAGGAGCAGGAGAAGUUCAGGGCAAACUUCAAGGUGAUCUCCUCCUCUUUUGCAUCCCUGCCGCUCAAGCUCCCCGGCACCGCGUUCCACGAGGGGCUCAAGGCCAGGAACAGGAUGUACGCCAUGCUCGACGACGUCAUCGCCCGCCGCCGGGCAAGCGCCGAUGCCGGCGCCGGGCACGACGACUUCCUCCAGAUGCUCCUCAUGAAGCACGCCCGCGGCAGCGGCGGCGAGGACGACGAGGAGAAGCUGACGGACGCCCAGCUCAAGGACAACAUCCUCACCUUGCUCGUCGCCGGCCACGACACGACAACGGCGGGGCUGACGUGGCUCGUCAAGUUCCUCGGCGAGAACCCCGACGUCCUGCAAAAACUCAGAGAAGAGCAUAUGGGGAUCAAGGAGGAGCUAGGCGGCGAGGAGCAUCUGAGGUGGUCAGACAUGAACAACAUGCCGUACACCAACAAGGUGAUGAACGAGACGCUGAGGAGGGCGACCAUCCUGCCAUGGUACUCCAGGAAAGCCGCACAGGACUUCACCAUUGACGGGUACCAGGUGGAGAAGGGCACGUCGGUGAACCUGGACGUGGUGUCCAUCCACCACGACGCCACCGUCUUCGCCGACCCGGAGAAGUUCAACCCGGACAGAUUCGACAGCACGCUCAAGCCGUACAGCUUCCUGGGGUUCGGCAGCGGGCCAAGGAUGUGCCCUGGCAUGAGCCUCGCCAAGCUCGAGAUCUGCGUCUUCGUCCACCACCUCGUCUGCAGAUACGACUGGAAGCCCAUGGAGGAGGACAACUCGGUGCAGCCGACGCUGGUGCGCAUGCCCAAGAACAAGUACCCCAUCCUCGCCACCGCGCUCUGAAGUCUGAACUCGGCUCCGUCUCCAUCUCCGGCGCACAUGUCGCCGCGCGAGGUUUCUGCUUCUGUAGAAGCCAUGUACUCCCAACAUGGCGAGAAGGAACUGGCAUAUGUAUUCUACCGAGAUUGUCAGAGACAUAUAGCCAGACAGCAAUAUUUUGUAUGACCGCAACAGUGAACUUUGUGACUAUCACUGUUGGGUAAGGGCAUGAGCAUGGUAGAAGAUUUUAAUAAGCCAUGGGCAAGCAGCUUUUUUUUUCAUCAGUACACAACCAAAUAAACAGAGUUAAACAGCA